AUGAAGCGUUCGUGGAGCAGCGGAAAGGGAGGAUCAUACGGCGGUGGUGGUGGUGGUUAUGGUGGUGGCGGAGGCACGUGGAAACCGUCUGGUGGUCGCGGAAAAUGGGGUGGUGGUUACGGUGGCGGUGGAAAGUGGGGACCAUCUGGUGGCGGUGGCAGAGGUGCCGGUGGCAAGUGGGGGAGACCGUGUGGCGGUGGUGGCAGCUGCACCGGUAGUAAGUGGGGAGGUGGUGGCGGCGGUGCCGGUGGUAAGUGGGGAUCGUAUGGUGGUGGUGGCAACGGUGCUGGUGGUAAAUGGGGCCAAUAUGGCGGCGGUGGUGGCGGUGCUGGUGGUAAGUGGGGAUCAUGUGGCGCUGGUGGCAUCUGCACCGGUGGUAAGGGAGGAUAUGGCGGAGGUGGCAACGGCGGUGGUGGUAUGUGGGGUUCAUAUGGUGGUGGUGGCAGCGGCAACGGUGGUAUGUGGAGACCAAUGUAUGGAAGACAGGGAGGUUCAUGGGGAAUGGGGAUGAUGUUGGGUGACUAA